CAGGAGGUCAAAGAUUGCACCCAGCCCGCCCCCUCCGGCAAUAAAGGAGAGCGGGUCACAGAGAGGCGGUGCAGAAGCGGGUCGGUCUGUGCUCCCCGCUACUCGCCACACACCCCGGGAGGAUGAGGUUCGCCGUGGGCGCUCUGCUGGCCUGUGCUGCCCUGGGACUAUGUCUGGCUGUCCCUGACAAAACCGUAAGAUGGUGCGCAGUGUCCGAGCAUGAAAACUCCAAGUGCAUCAGUUUCCGUGACCACAUGAAAGCCGUCCUUCCAGCUGACGGUCCCCAGCUGGCUUGUGUGAAGAAAACCUCCUAUUCCGACUGCAUCAAGGCCAUUUCAGGUAGUGAAGCAGAUGCCACAACCUUGGACGCUGGUUGGGUGUAUGAGGCAGGCCUGACUCCCAACAACCUAAGGCCUGUGGCAGUAGAGAUCUAUGGGACACCUGAAAAGCCACAAACCUCCUACUUGGCUGUGGCCGUGGUGAAGAAGGAUACGGGCUUCCAGCUGAAUGAGCUCCAAGGCAAGAAAUCCUGCCACACUGGCCUGGGCAGGUCUGCAGGAUGGAAUGUUCCCAUCGGCUUACUUUUCUGCAAUUUUCCGGAGCCUCGCAGUCCUAUUGAGAAAGCUGUGGCCAGUUUCUUCUCGGGCAGUUGUGUCCCCUGUGCAGAUCCGGUGGCCUUCCCCCAACUGUGUCAGCUGUGUCCAGGCUGUGGCUGCUCCUCUCUUCAACCGUACUUUGGCUAUACAGGCGCCUUCAAGUGCCUGAAAGAUGGAGGUGGUGAUGUGGCCUUUGUCAAGCAUACAACCAUCUUUGAGGUCCUGCCAAACAAGGCUGACAGGGACCAAUACGAGCUGCUCUGUCCCGACAACACCCGCAAGCCAGUGGAUCAAUAUGAGCAGUGCUACUUAGCCCGGAUCCCUUCUCACGCUGUUGUGGCUCGCAGUGUGGACGGCAAGGAGGACUUGAUCUGGGAGAUUCUCAAAGUGGCCCAGGAACAUUUUGGGAAAGGCACAUCAAAAGACUUCCAACUGUUCAGCUCUCCUUUGGAGAAAAAUCUGCUGUUUAAGAAUUCUGCCAUCGGGCUGAUAAGAGUCCCCUCAAGAAUGGACUACAAGCUGUACCUCGGCCAUAAUUAUGUCACUGCCAUACGGAAUGUACGGGAAGGAACAUGCCCAGAAAGCCCCAGCACCACCUCACCGGUGAAGUGGUGUGCUCUGAGUCACUACGAGAGACUCAAGUGUGACGAAUGGAGUGUUAACAGCGGAGGGCAAAUAGAGUGUGAAUCAGCAGAGACCACUGAGGAUUGCAUUGACAAGAUUGUGAAUGGAGAAGCUGAUGCCAUGACCAUGGAUGGAGGCUAUGCCUACAUAGCAGGCCAGUGUGGUCUGGUGCCCGUCCUGGCAGAGAGCUACGAGAGCACUGAUUGUAAAUAUCGCCCAGAAGAAGGGUAUUAUGCUGUGGCAGUGGUGAAGAAAUCCAACCGUGACAUCACCUGGAAUAAUCUGAAAGGCAAGAAGUCCUGCCAUACUGCAGUAGACAGAACUGCUGGCUGGAACAUCCCCAUGGGCCUGCUGUACGAGAGGACCCAAAGCUGCAAGUUUGAUGAAUAUUUCAGUCAAGGCUGUGCUCCUGGGUAUGAGAAGAAUUCCACUCUCUGUGACCUGUGUAUGGGCCCAAGCAAAUGUGCCCAGAACAACAAAGAGGGCUAUUAUGACUACACAGGGGCUUUCAGGUGUCUCGUGGAGAAGGGAGAUGUAGCCUUUGUGAAACACCAGACUGUCAUGCAAAACACUGACGGGAAGAACACUGAAGCAUGGGCUAAGAAUCUGAAGCAGGGCGACUUCGAGCUGCUGUGCCUUGACGGCACCAGGAAGCCCGUGAAUGAGUUUGCCAGCUGCCACCUGGCCCGAGCUCCAAACCACGUUGUGGUCGCACGGAAAGAGAAGGCAGCCCGUGUUAGCACAGUGCUACUUAACCAGCAGACUUUAUUUGGACACAGUGUAACUGACUGCACUAAGAAUUUCUGUUUGUUCUCAUCGAACACCAAGAACCUUCUGUUCAGAGAUGACACCAAAUGUUUGGUUAAACUUCCAGAUGGCAUCACAUAUAAAGAAUACUUAGGAUCAGACUAUGUCCAAGCUGUUGGUAACAUGAGAAAAUGCUCAACCUCACGACUCCUAGAAGCCUGCACUUUCCACAAAAGCGGGAAGACACUCCCCGCCCCCCACCCCGCAACCUACAACUACCACUCCCGUGAUGCUCCGCGCCCCAUCGCAGCGCGGAGUCUAGGGCCACGUCGCUUAGGCGGACCGGGAAGACAACUCACCUUCCUCAUGGCUUCCGCGGAUACCCGGCGUGUGGGGGACGGCGCCGGGGGCGCCUUCCAGCCUUACCUCGAUUCCUUGCGGCAGGAGCUGCAGCAGAGGGAUCCGACGCUGCUCUCCGCGGCCGUGGCGCUGCUCGCGGUCCUGCUGACGCUGGUUUUCUGGAAGUUCAUCUGGAGCAGAAAGAGCAGUCAGAGGGCUGUUCUCUUCGUCGGGCUUUGUGACUCUGGGAAAACGUUGCUGUUUGUCAGGUUGCUAACUGGCCACUACAGAGACACACAGACUUCCAUUACCGACAGUUCUGCUGCGUACAAAGUCAACAAUAACAGGGGCAAUAGCCUGACUUUGAUUGACCUCCCUGGACAUGAGAGCUUGAGGCUUCAGUUCUUAGAUCGCUUUAAGUCUUCAGCCAGGGCUGUGGUGUUCGUGGUGGAUAGUGCCACGUUCCAGCGGGAGGUGAAAGACGUGGCCGAGUUUCUGUAUCAGGUCCUCAUCGACAGCAUGGGUCUGAAGAACACACCCUCCUUCUUAAUAGCCUGCAAUAAGCAAGAUAUCGCAAUGGCAAAAUCAGCAAAGUUAAUUCAGCAGCAGCUUGAAAAGGAACUCAACACCUUACGAGUCACCCGGUCUGCUGCUCCCAGCACACUGGACAGUUCCACUACUGCACCUGCUCAGCUGGGAAAGAAAGGCAAAGAAUUUGAAUUCUCCCAGUUGCCCCUCAAAGUGGAGUUCCUGGAGUGCAGUGCCAAGGGUGGACGAGGGGAUGCCGGCACUGCUGACAUCCAGGACUUGGAGAAGUGGCUGGCCAAGAUCGCCUGAGGAGCAGCCUUGGCUGCAAACCUUCAUCUGUGACUGACUGGCAGUUUGGGAAGGGCUGUGCUGGGGUGGAGCCGAUAAAGAGGGGCAGGGCAUGUGUCUGCAGCAUCUCCGUGUUCUAGGAACAGUUCUACUAGCUUGAGAGCACUUGUCCCUCCCUUUCAGCUCCUUUCUCAACUAGUCCUUCUUAUUUAAUUCUCCUGUUCUCCCUUUGGAAGGUGUAGCACUGCUUUAGUGUGUGACAGAGCAGAGAGGCCUUACCAUGAGAAUAGGCUUGUCUGGAAAGUUCUUGUCCUCUGCCUAUCUGCUUCGGUCUCUUUUCCUGGAACCAGACCUUCCUGUUUGUGGAACCAGUUAAUUUCCAGUUGCCCCUGAUAUUCUGGCAUAAUUCAUUGUCUGUUCUUAGUGAAGUCUCAGGUGUAAAGGUAGUUACAAUGAAGACAGGUUCAGAACCACAGGGCACAGUUGACAGUGUGUUCUUCAUAGGCUCAGUGACUUAUCUCCAUUCCAGCUUGGGUUCAAAAGCCUGCUGGGAACCCCUAGAGUCACCCUCACAUGAUGGAUGUAAGAGCCAACUCCCCAGACACUCAUGGCUUAGUGUGUUCUAGAGGAACUGGGGAGAGCCGGGAGACAGUAUGCUGCUGCUUCUGGGGUGGGGAGGCCCCGCCCCGGCUGUCUGCCGGUGCCACUUGGUCAGCUCCUGUUGUGUCUGCCACCUCAGCUCAGAUGCUGUGGAACGACACAAACAGAAGUCCACUGUAUAGAUUUUUAAGUUUGUAUUCAUUCAUGCUUUAAAAAAAUUUGCCUUUUCAAAGUAA